AGAACUCAGAACCUUAUGCAUGCAUAGAACGACAUUAUUUUAAAAGAAGCGGUGACAUCAUUACCUAAAGUAGCUCGGUGGCGUAGAGAGCCGCGGUCCGCGAUCGUUGUUGCUCAGCAACUUUCGCAAGGGUCGGUUACGGGAUGGGUGACCAAGAAAUUAUUAUCUCGGACUACUAAGCUGUUGCUCCCGGCUGCAUUUACAGUCGUAAAUACCCUCCAAUCGUCAUUGGGCCAGCGUGUAGGGUCAUGGCCCAUUCUCCUAAACUAUCCAUAAGGAAGGCCUGAGCCCCUGCAGUGGGGCCGUAAAAGGGCUGAUGAUGAUGAUGACAUCAUAGCGAUACCAUGUCAGAAGUUGAAGAAGUUUCUCGGGAAAUUUUAACAUUUAAACUUAUUUUUUAGAUUUUAACUUAUUAAAUGACUGAUACUUUUUGUACAUAUAUAUUUAGAUAUAUUUCAAGUAUAACUAUAAAAUAAAAAUAAAAAGUCACCACCCCUAUUACUAGUUCUAAUAAUUUUAAUAAAUCUGUCAUAACAGUACUUGUUCAGCGCGUACGCAUGCCAAUCGUGCAAAGGGCCGGUGAUAUGCAACGCUAACGCUAGCGGUAACACCAGGUGCGCACAGUGCGGUGCAGAUUUCCGCAUAGAACGCGCCAUGGAAUCACUAGAGAGGGCCAAGGAAUUGUUAGUGGAAGCCCAUAGAGCAUCCACGCCCGCCGAACGAUGUGAAAAAGCUCACGCCGCUUUAAGAUUACAGCAACACGUUUGGCAUAGACAUCAUACCUCGUUGAGGGAAUCUGCUGACAAAUUAGCCAAGCUGUAUGCUGAUCAUGGUGAGUUACCAGGAUUUUAAAGAAUAUGUUCCCACUAAAAAUCUUGGUAUGUGUCCUUUUUUUUUGGUAAUAAAUAAUAGUCAAAUUUCAAAAAGUGUUUUGAAUCAAUCAUUAAGGGUGCUUGUACCGACAAAAAUAUAUUUUAUGUAAAUGAACCCCUAACUGAUGGUGAAUGUAUUAUUUUCAACAGGUGAUUUCAGCAAGAGUGUCGAGCUUAUAAAACAAAAUAUACAAAGUCUCGAGUAUCAGUUUGGUUCAUUCAGCGCUGAGGUUGCCCACGAGUUGAGAAAACUUUCUGAUGUGAUGCUAGAGAGAAUAGUGACUUCGCCACAUAACUCUGAGUAUAGAGACUGGUGUUUGGAAACGCAUAAAAUAAUAAAAAAAGCUGUGCAACUGACUGAACUGAACUACGGUUCGUGGGAGCCCCUGGUGAAACGGCUGAAGUAUAACGAGGAAUAUCUUGCGUCGCUGGUCAACGACAAUCGCAGCUCCGAUGUAGUCGAUAGCGUACAUCAUAACCUUCAUUACAAUCUUAAAAUAUAAAAUAAGUCAGUUCACCAAUUAUAAUGUAGAUUGAGAUGUAUAGUCACAGCUUUAUUCGCUUUGAUCUAUUACUAGAUGGCGCUUGUAUUAUAAUUUGGUGAUUUUAUUUUUUUAACUGUAGAUGGUAAGAGGUUGUCUAGUCCACAACGUGUCUACAUUUAUCUACAUAUUUAUAUUUUUUCGUAUAAUUAAAUGUUUAUACAAUAUCUUAUAGUAAGGUAUCCCUGG